GUACUUAUUCUGCUGUGGCUCAUACUCGACAUACAAUAGGGCCGGCAGAUACCUAUGUAGGUACUUAGAUACCUACAUAACUUAGGGACAUUGCAUGGUAGGUAGAGGUAGGUACCUAAGGUACCUCUGGUACCUCUUCGUGGACGCGGUGCGUGAUGUUCUCCCACCCGCCUUUGAUACGUUUGUCCACCUCCCUGCUAACCUGCCUCUACCGGUGUCACCCUUAGGUGCCUUGCUUCUGUUAUUAAAUACCCCUCUCCCUCUCAAAUAUGAUUAAGGCCUCAUUCCCCCAACUCUCCGUGGCAGAAACACUUUCAUAUCUUGUACCUACAUCAUCGUCUAGGCCUAGACAUCCCUCCCUACACACACGGCUUCUAACUUGCAACAGCGCCGCCUAUCUCGCUAUCGUUCGCUGAUGGCGAGCACCUUCGACAUCCAGCCCAUCGACCGCUUUGGAGGCGAAAGCCAGCCUGUAAAACGACCGAAGGAAAUAGCUUAUUUCUCGUACGACAGCAAGCGCCAAUUCCACCUAGAUGACUCUUCGUUGCAGUGGUAUCAUCCCGCGGAGCUCGGGGCCGAUUUGUCCAAGGGCUUCGAGCAGUUCGACAAGCAUGACAACUCGGUAGACGAGCAUAUCGACAGCCUCCUCAAGACUAUCAUGGCCCACGAGGAGGAAGAGGGGAAGAAGAUCGAUGCGCACAUUGUCACCUGGCGCGGCAUGAUGACCAAGAUAAUGUCGGCCCCGUUCGAAGACAGAGAUGGCUUCGAGAUGGAUGCUACUCUUUAUCAAGAUUGCAUAUUCAUCGAGGAGAAUUUCGCAUACGGACAGGUCAUGCAACAAGAGCAGCGUCGUCAGCAGCAGAAGCGACGCGGACAGAUCUCUCCUGACAUUAUGACCUAUUGGGGGUACAAGUUCGAGACGCUGUCUUGCUUGCCCCGUCCUUGGGGAGAAGUUUCUAGGGACCUCAUAGAAAACAGGGACAACGAAAUCGUCAACAACAAAGCCCAGUACUGCUCCGUAGUUCGCACGGGAAUAGGCAGCUCGCUCCUAUGUCUAGGGGGUGAAGUCGAUGCUAUCUGGGACUCCAAACCUAAGCAGAAAGGGGCGCCAAUCAACUGGGUCGAGCUCAAGACGAGCGCCGAGAUCCGCGACGACCGCGGCAUGCAGAACUUUGAGCGCAAGCUUAUGAAGUUCUGGAUCCAGUCCUUCCUCCUCGGCGUGCCAAAGAUCAUUGUUGGCUUCCGGUCACAGCAGGGCAUCCUUACCAAACUUGAAGAGAUUCAGACGGCCAAGAUUCCCGACACGGCUGCCAAGCGGGGCGUCAGGAGCUGGAACGCAGACACGUGCAUCAACUUCGCGAGUAGCUUCCUAGAAUGGCUGAGAACCGCCAUCAACGACGAAGGUGUCUGGAGGAUCAAGAGACGGCCACACUCGGGGCAGAUAGAACUAUUCAAGGUCGAGGAGGUCGGGCACGGAAGAAUCCUGACGGACGAGUUCAUCAACUGGCGCAUCAAGCUUAGCUUGAACAGCGCAGCUGGCGGCGCCUAAGGCGGGUCAUCCCCGCGCUCACUACUACGCUCUGUCGAAGUUGAGACGUCUAUGUUAUCUGUCUGGCUGGCUGCCUGCCUAUCUAUGGCUUAUAUGAAGAAACGCCGGUCGCUUUUUGCAUCUAAAUAUCCAAUCCGCGAAGUUCUAUGCCAUCUCUAAGCACGCCACGGGUCCCAAUGUUUAUAUGCCUGAAAGACUCAGCUACUGGUUCAGUUUCACCUGCAUCUUGCGUCGCACCGGGUCGAAGUGGGUUCCGACUUUGGGGUUCCCUGAGUUCGGCUUCCCGUCGGCGUCGUGAUUUAUGCUGUCGAGGUCCACCUCGAACGCCAUGUGAUUGAGGAAAUUGCAAACCUGCCAGGACGUUAGCAGAUGAUCGCACUCUUGCCCCUCUUUCCGUUCCCUCCGCCGCUUUUUUCUUAAGUGGCU